AUGAUCAGCGGUCAUUCAACAGGCAUGCUGGGAGAAGAUGGCAUACAUGUGGACAUGAACCACCUGAAGAAGGGAGAAGUCAACCUAGGCACAUCGAUCAUGGCCAUCACGUUCAAGGACGGUGUCAUUCUCGGAGCGGACAGUCGAACAACCACAGGCGCAUACAUUGCGAAUCGAGUGACGGACAAGCUCACACAAGUGCAUGAUACUAUUUGGUGUUGUCGGUCAGGAUCGGCUGCCGACACGCAGGCUGUAGCAGACAUUGUACAAUAUCAUCUUGGUCUUUAUGGGAUCCAAAACAACGAACCACCUACCACCCAAACUGCGGCAGCUCUCUUCCAGGAACUAUGCUACGAGAACAAGGAUCAACUAAGUGCAGGAAUGAUCAUUGCCGGUUAUGACAAGCGGAACGGUGGCCAGGUCUACUCAAUACCUCUAGGAGGAUCACUACACAAGCAAGCAUUUUCCAUUGGAGGAUCUGGUUCGACUUACAUCUACGGAUACACAGACGCACACUGGAAGGACAACAUGACUGAGGAGGAAGGCGUGGAUUUUGUCAAGAACUCGCUGAGAGAAGCCAUCAAGUGGGAUGGAAGUUCUGGUGGUGUGAUCCGUAUGGUGGUCUUGACAGCCAAAGGAGCUCAGCGGCAUUUGUACCUACCAGAUCAACAAUACAAAGGACCGGGUACAGGGCUAUGA